ACAACCCAACAAUGGACAGACGGCUUCGCAUCGGUUGUGUGAAGCGGGAGUUCCCCUACCUUCUGUCCCUUGUUACAUCUUAAUCAAUUUAAUGUGCCUUGGCCACCACCACGCCAGGUAUAUGCUGGUAGUGUCCACGGCAUUCAUCAUCCCAGGUAUUGAGAAAAAUGAGAUCCGCCACGGCCAAGUUUUGUUCCUCGGUACCUCCAUGUUUUUCGCGACAAGGCCCAGCCUCCCUGAGAGUCUGGCUCCGACAUCGCUGCAGAUGGAUAUUUUACACGCGAUAUUGAUGGACUUCUUGCCAAUACCGAAGAUGCGAGAUAAUCGGAUUGCCAAGGAGACUUGCUAUGAUCAUGCGGAACUUUUGAGAGACUUGCUUGGCGAAAAAAUCGUUGACCACAUAUUUGGUUCCUUAUGGUCUAGCAAAUCUCCUAUUGCCAGUAAACUGGCCACGAGAGAGGGGACGAUGACAAUAUAACUGCCUCGAGACAGGAGCUUAUCCUGUGGGGAGAGCCGUACAGAGUAGAGAGUUGGGAUGCGACGUUGGGGUUCGUCCGGAAAUGGGCGUGGGCUAUGGAGGGGUGCAGGGAGUUAAUUGCAUCGAGCAAUC